UAAACACCGCGUUCACCUCCGGCUACAAAGAGAGGAGCGUCGCGCUGCUCCGCACAGUCGCGGCGCACGACUUGCUUCUUGUGUUGUUGUGUGUUUUUGUUUUGUUUUAAGCGAGUAGAAAAGUACACCCAGCGAAGGAAUAUGACUCGCUCGACUCAGAUAUAACCAUUGCGAAUAUGAAUAUAGCUAAAUGUGUCGAAGAAAGACUCGUAGUGGCUGUUUUGUCUGCCAGCAAGUAACGGGUUGGUGUAAUCUGUAGAAGCGAAGCACCGAGGCACCCUUAACCGACACGAAGCUAAAUUUAGCGGCAAAUCAGACGUGAUAUUCGGCUGUUUUUCCUCCCCACGGUGUGGUAGUUUUACGAGCAGAAAUGGACCGAGGUGGCUGUCAAAUGAAUGGAGGAGGUGGUGGUGGUGGUGGAGACCACACCGACCAACCCGGGAUGAUCACACUGGAGGACCUGGAGUCUUUCUCCGAAGACCAGCUGUCAGACUCGGGCAACGGCAGCCUCGAAGAAGAGGCAGAAACCAUGGAGGAAGACGACGACCGGCUGCUGCAUUACUGGCAGGACGUAGCCCGGGGACACCAAGUGGAAGUGUCCGAAGAUAUGGCAGAGCCCAUUCAACAGCUAACCAGCAACAACCAAGGACGCAGUCACAGAGAACACGUCCCUUUCACCCUCCUCGCACGCAAAGAGAAGUGUGGGGAGCUGUUGUAUGAGAAACGCCAGUACGAAAAGGGCCACUGGGCUUGUAUUACAAUGCGAGAGGACACUUAUGAGCAGAGCAUCUGCUAUGGGUUUAUGAGGAUAAUGAGAUACAUCUGCCAGCAGAACUCCUUAGAAGACUACCUGGGCAUGACGCUCCCCAUCGUCACAGUGGUACGCACAGACGAGACCCACUCUGUGGUCUCCCAUGACGUCACAGUGGCGUAUUUCCUCCCCGCUGAGCAUCAGGCCCAGCCCCCACAACCUGCUGACAGUGAAAUCAUCCUAGAGAUCUGGCCCACCACUACUGUAUACACAAGGCCCUUUACUGGUCCAACCAACGAAGUGACCAUCAUUGAUCAGAUCAACGCCCUGGCUGAGCUUCUGGACUCUCCCGGUGUGUGCGUCAACGACUCGUUCAUCGUGGCCGGCUACACCAACCCCGCUCACAGCAAUCGCCAGAAUGAGAUCUGGUUCCUGGAGCGACCCUGAGGGACGAGAGGAUUAAGCAGCGCUCCUAUCUGUGACCCUUGAGCCUCAUUAAGACUCCCUUGACACUGCCGCAGCCCAGCUUCAGCCUCAGAUGCAAGACCGUCUUUAUUCACCACCUCUACCUAAAAUGACCACCAGCCAAGCACACUCCAGAUCUGUUGGGGCCUGUUCAGCCCUUACUUAACCCUCAGUGAAUUUUCAUACACGCUAAUUUAGAUAGAUCCUCUUUCACCCAUAAGAACUGAACUAAACCACUGCCAUACUCUCAUGGACACAGAGACCCAGAUAGCAUUCAUCUCCUGCUCUUACAUUGAGAUAUCUAAAAAAAGGAUGCCCUCUUGUUAAAAAAUUGCAAUAGUUUGAACUCUAAGCGCUCUGUGAACGCAGUGACCAUUGAGUGCUGUCAGAAACAUGCAACAGCCUGUCUUUACACAGCAGAAGCAGGUUCCCAGUAGACAUGCAGCCUUAUCGAUAUGCUCAAUUUCUGUUUGUUGCACAGCUACAGUGUCUUGUCAUGUGGGGUAAAGGUUAAUGCACAACAGAAAAAAUAUGUUUUCUCUGUCAUUGUCUAGCUUGCUGAGGUGAUUACAACCGUCACUGUUGUUUCACUGUUUCUUUAUCUCUGCACUACGUAAUCCACUAUAUGUUAUAAGUCACACUGCAUAAAAAAACGGUUUUCAUUCAACAACAAGUGCAUCCAACAUCCAGACCAGAACUGGAGACUUCAACCAUAAAUAAGCUUAACACAAUAGGUGACACUAAACUGAGAAAACAAAAACCUAUGAACAUAGUAUGUUCAUUGGUGUUUGUGUAUGAAUGUACAGCUACAGGGAGAUGGUUGAAACAAAUGUCACACUUCUACAAACCAAACGCUGAAAAACUCAUAGAUUUUACUGCUGAAUGACAAUCAUGAAGUACUUAUAUAUUAUAUACAUCUUUUUUUUGUUUUCUUAAGGCAAGUCAAUGCAUUCCUUAUGUUUCCUGUCCGUACACACAGGAAUAGUUACCUCUGUACCUCUUUCUACUUGCUACUCUGUGUCGAUGUUAUGAGUAUGGAUUCACUCAUUCAAAUACCAUUGCUGCUGAGUAGAGACAACCAAGAAAACACAUAUGAGCACAGAGAAUAUCUCUACUGUGAUUAUACUCUUUUUUUUUUUAGAAAGCUAAAUUCUGUUUGAGGUCAAACUGUUUUUGUUUCACCAAUCUAAAGAGAGUCUAUAAAGUAAGAGUGAAAGAAAUAUGUAUGUUUAACUUCACUGUAUUUUAUGCAACAUAUACAAAGGGGUAUACGUCAAACCAGCUACAGCUAGAGUUCACAGUAAUGUAGGAACGUUUCUGCUAUGAAAAUGUACAUUUACUGCUUGGGUGCCAGUGGAAGAAAACUGGAAGUGAACUAGCUAAAUCAUCACUGUGUGAGGAUUUUUAUCAGGACAGGGGCAUCCUAUCAAAUGCUUAGGCGUGCAGAUAUUUUGUGUUCAAAUUGUGAGAAAGUUGGUUUUAUCUUAUUUAAUUAAUCGAAGUUGUCAGUUAAGAAAGUAAAUAUUUGUUUGGGAUGGUUGCCCAGUAUUAAAGCCAAGUAGUUUGGUUGACAAAUCCAAAGAAUUUAUUUAUCAUUAAAUGAUUGUAGUCAAUAUUAUACUCUAUGACAACUGUAGUGUGUAAACACUUGCAAAGCCAUUAUACAUGUGGGUUGGUUUUCCCUUUAAGAGCCUGGUUGUAUGGGAACAUAAAGUGUGAUGAUUUAACUUUUAUUUCCUUUCUCUUUGCUUUUUUUUUUUUGUGUUUUGCAAAAGUGUGCUGUACUGUGAAAAUUCAAGUGCAACAACAAGAGCUACUGUGGUUUUCUUUGUUCAAUAAAAAUGUGCUCGUCUCCUGUCUUUUGAAAU